CCCGCCGGGCUGUGGUGACGAGGACGCGGCUGGGCGGGAGCGCCCCGGGUGACCGGGGCGGGGAGCUGGGAUCGCGAGCGUCCGGGGCGCUGCAGGCUGAAGGCUGGCCCUCGCUCGGCUCCUCUCACGGCCUCGGCGCUGCGUGCAGAGGAGACGCAGCAAGCCGAGGCAGGCGAAGGGCUCUGGGCAUUCCCUUGACGGCCGGCGGCGCCCGCGGCCCUCAGCAUGUUCCGCGGGGCGAGGCUUUUCCUCCCGCCCGUGGGCUGAGGCGGCUGCGGCCGCAGCCACAGACGCGGGAUGCACCUGCCGGGAGCGGCUUAGAGGACGCGGCCGGCGGGAGGUCCCAGCCGCCAGCAGGAGGCUUUCGUCGCCGCCGCCGCCGCGGGCCCGAGCCGGAGCGUGGGGGACACCCCGCCAUGGCGGCCCGGAGCGCCCCCAGCUGCCACCUGCGGCUCGAGUGGGUGUACGGGUACCGGGGCCACCAGUGCCGCAACAACCUCUAUUACACGGCGGCCAAGGAGAUCGUGUACUUCGUGGCGGGGGUCGGCGUGGUAUACAGCCCGCGGGAGCACCGGCAGAAGUUCUACCGAGGCCACAGCGACGACAUCAUCAGUCUUGCAUUGCAUCCUGAACGAGUAUUGGUAGCAACAGGACAAGUUGGAAAAGAACCUUAUGUCUGUAUUUGGGAUUCGUACACUGUGCAGACUAUAUCCAUUCUAAAGGAUGUUCAUACACAUGGUAUAGCCUGCUUAGCAUUCAACUUAGAUGGACAGCGUUUGGUUUCUGUUGGACUGGAUUCAAAGAAUGCAGUUUGUGUUUGGGAUUGGAAAAGGGGAAAAGUAUUGUCUAUGGCUCCUGGUCACACAGAUAGAAUAUUUGAUGUUUCUUGGGAUUUGUACCAGCCAAAUAAACUUGUCAGCUGUGGUGUAAAACAUAUCAAGUUCUGGAGUUUAUGUGGAAAUGCUCUGACCCCAAAGCGAGGUAUCUUCGGUAAAACAGGUGACCUUCAGACAAUAUUGUGCCUAGCCUGCGCUCGAGAUGAGUUAACAUAUUCUGGUGCACUCAAUGGAGAUAUAUAUGUCUGGAAGGGAAUCAAUCUUAUACGAACAAUUCAAGGAGCCCAUACUGCAGGAAUUUUUAGCAUGAAUGCUUGUGAAGAAGGUUUUGCUACUGGUGGCAGAGAUGGCUGUAUUCGUCUUUGGGAUUUAACUUUUAAACCAAUUACUGUGAUUGAUCUCAGGGAAACAGACCAGGGAUACAAAGGUUUGUCUGUGAGAAGUGUUUGUUGGCGAGGUGACCACAUUUUAGUUGGAACGCAGGACAGUGAAAUUUUUGAAAUUGUGGUACAUGAAAGAAAUAAACCUUUCCUAAUUAUGCAAGGACAUUGUGAAGGUGAACUUUGGGCACUUGCUGCCCAUCCUAAUAAACCUUUGGCUGUGACAGGAAGUGAUGAUCGAUCAGUCAGAAUUUGGAGCCUAGUAGAUCAUGCAUUAAUAGCAAGGUGUAAUAUGGAAGAACCAAUUCGUUGUGCAGCUGUGAAUGUGGAUGGGAUCCAUCUUGCACUUGGAAUGAAGGACGGCUCAUUCACUGUACUUAGAGUAAGAGAUAUGACAGAAGUUGUACAUAUUAAAGAUAGGAAAGAAGCAAUUCAUGAAUUAAAAUAUUCACCAGAUGGAACUUACCUUGCUGUUGGUUGCAAUGACAGUUCAGUUGAUAUCUAUGGAGUUGCUCAGCGUUAUAAAAAAGUUGGUGAAUGUGUUGGGUCACUUAGUUUCAUCACUCAUCUGGACUGGUCCUCAGAUAGUAGAUACUUACAGACAAAUGACGGAAAUGGGAAAAGACUUUUUUAUAGGAUGCCAGGAGGAAAAGAAGUGACAAAUAAAGAAGAAAUAAAAACUGUUCAUUGGGCUUCAUGGACAUGUGUUUCAGGCCUUGAAGUAAAUGGAAUUUGGCCCAAGUACUCAGAUAUCAAUGAUAUAAAUUCAGUAGAUGGAAAUUAUAUUGGCCAAGUUUUAGUUACAGCUGAUGACUAUGGAAUUAUAAAAUUAUUCCGAUAUCCAUGUUUAAGAAAAGGGGCCAAGUUCAAAAAAUAUUUUGGCCACUCAGCUCAUGUAACUAAUGUCAGAUGGUCACAUGAUUUUCAGUGGGUUAUUUCUAUUGGUGGAGCAGAUCACUCUGUCUUUCAGUGGAAAUUUAUUCCUGAAAGAAAACUAAAAGAUGCUCUUCACAUAGCUCCCCAAGAAAGUCUGGCUGACUCUAACAGUGAUGAAUCAGAUUCAGAUAUGUCUGAUGUUCCAGAACUGGAUUCUGAAAUUGAACAAGAGACACAGCUCACCUACCGUCGGCAGAUUUACAAAGAAGAUCUACCUCAGCUUAAAGAACAAUGCAAAGAGAAACAAAAAAGUGCUACUUCUAAAAGAAGAGAACGGGCUCCAGGAAAUAGUAUUCGAUUACACUUUGUUCAUGGUUACAGAGGUUAUGACUGUCGAAGUAAUCUAUUUUAUACUCAAAUUGGUGAAAUUGUAUACCAUGUGGCAGCAGUGGGUGUCAUUUAUAAUCGGCAACAGAACACACAACGUUUUUACUUGGGUCAUGAUGAUGAUAUUCUCUGUCUGGCUAUUCAUCCUUUGAAAGACUACGUGGCAACGGGCCAGGUAGGUAGGGAUCCCUCAAUUCACAUAUGGGAUACAGAGACCGUUAAACCAUUGUCAAUAUUAAAGGGCUACCACCAAUAUGGUGUCUGUGCUGUUGAUUUCUCAGCUGAUGGGAAACGUUUGGCUUCAGUUGGAAUAGAUGAUAGCCACACUGUUGUGCUGUGGGACUGGAAGAAAGGAGACAAACUUUCAAUAGCAAGAGGAAGUAAAGAUAAGAUUUUUAUUGUAAAGAUGAACCCCUACGUGCCUGAUAAACUAAUUACGGCUGGAAUUAAACACAUGAAAUUUUGGCGUAGAGCAGGGGGAGGAUUGAUUGGAAGAAAAGGCUACAUAGGCACACUGGGGAAAAAUGACACGAUGAUGUGUGCAGUGUAUGGAUGGACUGAAGAGAUGGCUUUUUCUGGAACAUCUGCAGGAGAUGUGUGUAUCUGGAGAGACGUCUUUCUCGUAAAAACAGUUAAAGCACAUGAUGGGCCAGUGUUCAGUAUGCAUGCAUUGGAAAAAGGAUUUGUAACUGGAGGAAAAGAUGGUAUAGUAGCUCUUUGGGAUGACUCCUUUGAACGAUGUCUCAAGACCUAUGCUAUAAAAAGAGCCUCUUUGGCCCCAGGAUCUAAAGGUCUUCUCUUGGAAGAUAACCCAUCUAUACGUGCCAUAUCACUGGGACAUGGUCAUAUUUUAGUUGGCACAAAGAAUGGUGAAAUACUAGAAGUGGAUAAAAGUGGUCCAAUAACACUUCUAGUCCAGGGCCAUAUGGAAGGAGAGGUGUGGGGUUUGGCUACACAUCCUUAUCUGCCCAUUUGUGCUACUGUAAGUGAUGAUAAAACCUUAAGAAUAUGGGAUCUCUCACCUAGUCAUUGUAUGUUGGCUGUCCGGAAACUAAGAACCGGUGGGAGGUGUUGCUGUUUUUCUCCUGAUGGAAAAGCUUUAGCUGUAGGUCUCAAUGAUGGAAGUUUCUUAAUGGCAAAUGCAGAUACUCUAGAGGACCUUGUGUCUUUUCAUCACAGAAAGGAUAUUAUUUCAGAUAUUCGAUUUUCACCUGGUUCUGGGAAAUACCUCGCAGUGGCCUCCCAUGACAACUUUAUAGAUAUAUACAGCGUAGUGAGUAGUAAGCGAGUGGGAAUAUGCAAAGGCGCAACCAGCUACAUAACUCAUAUUGACUGGGAUAUUAGAGGAAAGCUUUUACAGGUCAACACUGGUGCUAAAGAACAGUUAUUCUUUGAAGCUCCUAGAGGGAAAAAACAAACCAUCCCCGGUGUGGAGGUGGAAAAAAUUAGUUGGGCGUCAUGGACAAGUGUGCUUGGUGUAUGCUGUGAGGGAAUUUGGCCGGUAAUUGGAGAAGUCACGGAUGUAACUGCCUCUUGCCUCACCAGUGACAAAAUGGUCCUAGCUACUGGGGAUGAUUUGGGAUUUGUGAAGUUAUUUAGAUACCCUGCUAAAGGAAAAUUUGGAAAGUUUAAGAGGUACGUGGCCCAUAGUACUCAUGUCACAAAUGUUCGCUGGACUUAUGACGACAGCAUGUUGGUUACCCUCGGAGGUGCAGAUAUGUCGUUAAUGGUGUGGACAAAUGAAAUGGAGAGCUAUCGAGAGAAAAGGACUUGUGAUAGUGAAGAAUCUGAUAUAGAUUCUGAAGAAGAUGGAGGCUAUGACACUGAUGUUACAAGGGAGAAUGAAAUCAGUUACACCAUCAGAGCCUUAUCAACAAAUAUUCGCCCAAUGUUUGGAAUCAAGCCUCAUUUGCAACAAAAAGAACCCUCAGUUGAUGAGAGGCAGGGAGUAGUAAGAGGUUCCAGAAAAGACCUUGUGUUGGAACUUGUUUUUGGUUACCGAGGCAGAGACUGCAGGAAUAAUGUACACUAUUUAAAUGAUGGUGAUGAUAUCAUUUAUCACACUGCAUCCGUUGGAAUUCUGCACAAUGUUGCUACAGGCACUCAAAGUUUUUAUCAGGAGCAUAAUGAUGAUAUUCUGUGCCUCACUGUAAAUCAGCACCCCAAAUUUAUCAACAUAGUGGCAACUGGCCAAGUAGGUGAUUCAGCAGACAUGUCAGCCACAGCCCCUUCUAUCCACAUCUGGGAUGCAGUGAACAAGCAAACUUUAUCUAUACUAAGAUGUUACCAUUCAAAGGGAGUGUGUUCAGUCAGCUUCAGUGCUACUGGCAAACUAUUGCUGUCUGUGGGACUUGACCCAGAACAUACUAUUACCAUCUGGAGAUGGCAGGAAGGUACCAAAAUUGCCAGCAGAGCUGGGCACAAUCAGCGAAUUUUUGUAGCUGAAUUCCGACCAGAUUCAGAUACCCAGUUUGUCUCUGUGGGAGUAAAACACGUGAAAUUCUGGACGCUGGCAGGAAGGGCUCUUCUUAGCAAAAAAGGGCUGCUGAGCAUGCUGGAAGAUGCCCGGAUGCAGACCAUGCUUGCCGUUGCAUUUGGUGCAAAUAACUUGACGUUUACAGGUACCAUCAGUGGUGACGUCUGUGUGUGGAAAGAUCACGUGCUGUGUAGAGUUGUGGCCAGAGCUCACAAUGGGCCUGUGUUUGCCAUGUAUACCACCCUGCGAGAUGGACUUAUUGUGACUGGUGGCAAGGAAAGGCCGUCAAAAGAAGGAGGAGCAGUUAAACUGUGGGACCAGGAGCUGAGGCGAUGCCGGGCCUUCAGGCUCGAGACAGGACAAGUCACAGAUUGUGUUCGUUCUGUGUGCAGAGGCAAAGGCAAGAUACUAGUUGGGACAAGGAAUGCUGAAAUAAUUGAAGUUGGAGAGAAAAAUGCAGCUUGUAAUAUUCUGGUUAGUGGUCAUGUGGAUGGACCAAUCUGGGGGCUAGCAACACACCCUUCCAGGGAUUUUUUCCUUUCUGCUGCAGAAGAUGGGACAGUGAGACUGUGGGAUGUCGCUGACAAAAAGAUGUUAAACAAAGUGAAUUUGGGGCACGCUGCUCGUACUGUGUGCUAUAGCCCUGAAGGGGACAUGGUGGCUAUUGGAAUGAAAAAUGGAGAAUUUAUUAUCUUACUGGUGAACUCUCUAAAAAUAUGGGGAAAGAAGAGAGACAGACGAUGUGCAAUCCAUGACAUCAGAUUUAGUCCAGAUUCCCGGUAUCUGGCAGUGGGUUCUAGUGAGAACUCAGUGGAUUUUUAUGACCUAAUGUUGGGCCCCACCCUUAACAGAAUCAGCUACUGCAAAGAUAUUCCAAGCUUUGUCAUUCAAAUGGACUUCUCAGCUGAUAGCAGGUACCUCCAGGUCUCCAGUGGCUGCUAUAAACGCCAUGUUUAUGAGGUGCCUUCCGGGAAACAUCUUCUGGAUCAUGCUGCCAUUGACAGAAUUACCUGGGCUACGUGGACUAGUAUUCUAGGGGAUGAAGUUACGGGAAUCUGGUCCAGACAUGCUGAGAAGGCCGAUGUCAACUGUGCCUGUGUGUCUCACUCAGGAAUCAGCCUUGUAACAGGGGAUGACUUCGGCAUGGUUAAAUUAUUUGACUUCCCAUGUCCAGAAAAAUUUGCAAAGCACAAGCGGUUCUUUGGUCACUCACCCCAUGUGACAAACAUCCGAUUUACCAGUGGCGAUCGACAUGUUAUUAGUGCUGGAGGUGAUGACUGCAGUUUAUUUGUCUGGAAAUGUGUACAUAUGCCUCAUUAAAAGAUGAAUGCUCAGAAGGCUACAUAAACUAACAUCAUUGUGAGACCAGAAUUACACAGGAGAAAGAAAAAACCAAAACCAAACUCUGCAUGGACAAGUGGUGCUAACUGAAGAUGGAAACAGGGAGAAGCGCCCAGGAUGAUCAAAACAGGCU